CAGUCCGUUCUGCUUGAUAUACACACGAGACCUCCCCCCCCUCUCAACCCAGCCUCUUCCCAGUGUAUUCCACCCAAAAAUGAAACCAACAACCCUCCUCCUCACCACCCUCCUAGCCCUAGCCACCGGCACCCUCGCCGACAAAACCUGCACCCCGAGUUUCGAUUACUGCGCCAAUAAGCUGUUGAGUUCGAAGGGAUUCACGGAGAAUGACCUCAAGACGGCACUGCAGGGGACGGGGCUGGAGAAUGACGAUCUAGCGGAUAUCUUGUUCCAUUGCAAGAAUCCGGGGGAUGUGGGGCAUGCGCAGCUGUGUCCGGGGGGUUGUAAGGAUCCGGCGACGGAGGGGAGUCAUGGAUGUUCUGGGUGAUUUUUCUUUUGUCUUGACUUGAGGGAGGGGGUGAGGGGUGGAGGAUGGGAGAGGGUGUGUAGUGUAAGGUGAGGGUUGGGUGUAUAUGGCUGGGCUUGUUGUGGCGUGGUGGUGUUGCUAUGCAAUACGGAGAAUACACUGUUCUAUCUGGGGGAUUAUCAAGGUGGAAUUGAGACUCUUGUUGCUUUUGGU